AACAUGAAGUUCCCCUGGAAAUUAUUCAAGAGGAAGAUGGAAAGGGCUAUCUAAAAGAGACAGAGCUGCAGACCACAAGACUGGGGCCAGAGGGCUGGCAGUGGAAAACCCUGCUGGGUUGCGAUCCCUCACUGAAAAGUCCCAGUUGCCUUUUUAUGUCCUGCAGAAGGAAGGGAGAGAAGGAGCAGACCAUGUCCAUAGCCUUGAAGCAGGUGUUCAACAAGGACAAGACCUUCCGGCCCAAGAGGAAAUUUGAACCUGGCACGCAGAGGUUCGAGCUCCACAAACGGGCUCAGGCCUCCCUCAACUCGGGCGUGGACCUGAAGGCGGCGGUGCAGCUGCCCAGCGGGGAGGACCAGAACGACUGGGUGGCAGUGCACGUGGUGGACUUCUUCAAUCGCAUCAACCUCAUCUACGGUACCAUCUGUGAGUUCUGCACCGAACGGACCUGCCCUGUGAUGUCAGGGGGCCCCAAAUACGAAUACCGGUGGCAGGAUGACCUCAAGUACAAGAAGCCGACUGCCCUGCCGGCCCCCCAGUACAUGAACCUUCUCAUGGAUUGGAUCGAGGUCCAGAUCAACAAUGAAGACAUCUUUCCAACGUGUGUGGGUGUUCCCUUCCCAAAGAACUUCCUGCAGAUCUGCAAGAAGAUCCUGUGCCGCCUCUUCCGGGUCUUCGUCCACGUCUACAUCCACCACUUUGACCGGGUCAUUGUGAUGGGUGCCGAGGCCCACGUCAACACCUGCUACAAACACUUCUAUUACUUUGUCACGGAGAUGAACCUCAUAGACCGCAAGGAGCUGGAGCCCUUGAAAGAGAUGACGAGCAGGAUGUGUCACUAACGGCCCCAUCUUACCCUCCGGAAGAAAGAGGAAAGCUGUUUUCCUCCUGGCGUCCCAGGCGGGCAGGAGGGAGACUUCCCCGGCUGGAGAGGCGCGCCCACUGCCGGGAACAGGCCCAGCUGAAGACCAGCGGCGACUCCGGAGAGCGGUCCCCGCUCACCUCGUGUCUCUCCACCUCUGAGCGCUGCUAGCGUGACUGUGGACCCGCCGGGAGGGAAGGACCGCCCCUCGCCCAUCCUGGAGGAAGGAUGCCCCGCACUUAACACGCACUGCGCAGUUGUGCAGUUCUGCCUGUGACCUGCCACCUAAGCUUUGCUGAAAUUCAGGUUUUGCGCCCAAGGUCCUUAUUCCUACUUCUCCACUUACCGUCUCGUCAGCCGUCUGCCUUUUCUGUAACGUGUGUUCUAAGUACCCAGUGAAUUUUGGAACUCUGGAUGCACAACCAGUUUUUCUCUAACAAGCCUUCCUGUGCCGUCUCGGCAGACUUCUGCCCUUGAUGCUUGGUCUCGGCUGGGAGGUCUGACGCCCGCCUGCUCACAGCAUCCGCGCAGUUUCCGCCCCUCAAGCAGUUUUAUCAGGGACCAUUCCACGGGGCGGCUUGUCUCUGCCCCAAACAGGGUCUGCACAGUCUCACUGUAGGAAACAGACUGGUCUCCAGCCUAAGGCUAGCUAGUUACCAGUUCACCCUGGACAGAGUAUCUUUUUUUUUUUUUCUUGUCUCUUCCAGUCAAGAUUUUUUUUUUUCCUGUUUCUCCGAAGAGAGAAAUAAAGGAAGUUAUAAAUGACCGAGAAUGAUCGCAGAAGCACUGAGCCAGAUUAGCGCAGUGUUUGUUCAUUAUUAAAAGGGUGUGGUGGCUGUCUCUCCGUAAUACUGAGAUUUCAGUGGGGGGAAAGUACAGUGGGUAAUUUGACGCCUGUAUCUCAGACAGCCAGCCCAGUGACUUGUUAUCUUCCCAACAGGCCCUCUGAGCUUCUAGAUCCAGUCUAUGUUUUCUUCCUGUUCCUCCGCAAUCCCCACCUCCUACGCCCAUUACAUUUGACGUUACAAAACAAAGUUAAUUUCUGCCCGGGUGAUGCUCCUGCCAUGGUUGCCAAGGUAACAGGCAAGCUAGAGCCGUCUUCCUUCUUCCAUCCUUGCCAAUGUUUGGAUCCCAGCAGACAGACUCAUUCUGUGCUGCAUCCUGCCUUUUGAAAGCUACUUCACUUUUCGCUGAAGUAAUGUUGCCUUCCCUGAUUCAUUCGCAAAACUGUGAUGGUCCCAAGAGUCUGUAACUAGGGGGUGAUGGUACUUCCGGUGAUCAUUUGGUUUUGACAAAAUAGCAGUUGGUGAAGGGAAGUAGAUGAGAAUGUAUUAGUGAAUUUUAAUGUAAUACUGAUUAAAGAAUAACUUAACAACUC